CGGACACGGUGCUCCGAGGCGCAGGGCGCAGGACGCACCGAGGACGCGCGUAAAAACGCGUAAAAGUGAUUCAACCAGACUCAACUCACAGCGACACAGUGUUUCAUUCCUACCGGAACUCCCGCAGACUACACCUCGGACUUUUCUUUGUUUCCAAGCUCUGUCUCCUCAGAUGAUGCCUGUGUUUCUCACAUGGAAUGUUCGCCCAACACUUUGGAUACAUAAUGUGAAGGUUUGUGUCGGAAUAACCACAGACGCUGAGUGAAGGAAAUCUAAACUCCCCAGUUCGACCAUUGAAGCUUGUUUCAAGUCCAAAAGUGCGGGAUGGGGCCGUCAUCUACACUGCUUUUCAUUGCUUUUUUGGGCUGGGCUGAAGGUUCAUCUCUUCACUUCUCAGACGGCCGCUCCAGCCGUCUUUCCCUGGAGAAAACCUUCGGUCGGUCAGUCAAAGACUCCCAGUGCCAACACAUGCUGAAACACCUCCACAACGGAGCCCGGAUCACUGUGCAGAUGCCUCCUAAUGUAGAGGGCCACUGGGUGUCCACCAGCUGUGAGGUGAGGCCAGGUCCAGAGUUCCUGACUCGCUCCUACCGUUUCUACUCCAACAACACCUUCCAGGCCCAUCAGUUCUACUAUGAAGACAACCACUGCACCAAGCCCACCUACACGCUGGUGGUCCGAGGGCGUCUGCGCCUACGACAGGCUUCCUGGAUCAUCCGGGGCGGCACAGAGGCAGAGUACCAGCUCCACCGAGUCCAGAUGGUUUGUCACACCACCACCGUGGCCAAAGAGCUGAGUCAGAGACUGAACCGAAGCUGCCGAGGGCCUGUGAAGGGUCCCUGGGAGCCGAACGUGAUCUAUGAGCUGUGGAGCGAGGAGGGUGGCUACGACUGCUCCAGGGAGCUUAACUUCGCCAUGCAUGAGCUGCAGCUGCUGAGGGUGGAGAAGCAGUACAUGCAUCACAACCUCGACCACCUGGUGGAGGAGCUGUUUCUUGGUGACAUCCACACGGAGCCGUCGCAGAGGUUGUACUACAAACCGUCCAGCUACCAGACCGCCCUCCAAAAUGCCAAGAACCACGACCACGGCUGCAUUGCGUGUCGGAUCAUCUACCGUUCAGAUGAGUUCCACCCACCCAUCCUGCCGCCCCGGGCCGACCUCACCGUGGGUCUGUAUGGCCAGUGGGUGAGCCAGCGCUGCGAGGUCCGGCCCGAGGUGCUCUUCCUCACCCGUCACUUCAUCUUCCACGACAACAACCACACCUGGGAGGGCCACUACUACCACUACUCUGACCCCAUCUGUAAACACCCCACAUUCACCAUCUACGCCCGCGGCCGGUACAGCCGAGGCCUCCACUCCACCCGCGUCAUGGGUGGGACGGACUUUGUCUUCAAAGUGAACCACAUGAGGGUGACGCCUAUGGACUUGGCCACUACCUCCCUCCUCAACGUCUUCAACGGUAAUGAGUGUGGAGCGGAGCGGUCCUGGCAGGUCGGGGUGGAGCAGGAUGUCACCGUGACCAAUGGCUGUGUGGCGCUGGGCAUCCGCCUACCCCACACAGAGUACGAGCUGUUCCGCAUGGAGCAAGAUGCUCACGGACGAUACCUGCUCUACAACGGCCAGCGUCCCAGUGACGGCUCCAGUCCGGAUCGCCCGGAGAAGCGUGCCACCUCCUACCAGAUGCCCCUGGUCCAGUGCUCGGCCAGCAGCCAGUCAUCCGAGUACGGCCGGGGGGACGACAUGGACAGGCCUCCACGGCUCCAUAACAGCUGCAGGGGGCGGCACAGGGACGGCCACAAACAUGUCACGGUGCCUCUCAUCCUCUUUGUCACAUCUCUGCUUCUUUGCUGGCAAAGCUAGAGGGCAGUUUCCUCCAGAGACACAACAGAGCCAACAUGUGGAUUACAAGAAGACUGAGCAGACAGAAACCACAAACUGAACCCUUUUAUUUUCCCUUCCUUUCUGAGGAUGAAGUCCCUCUACAUUUUCCAGUUACCAAAGACUUGACACUGCUGCACCACAUUAACUGCACUUUAAGUGGAUCCAAAGACCGACCUGUCUGUUUCCACAAAUAGACAAAGAGAUCUCUCCAGUAUAUUCACCACUCAGAGUAUGUUCUAUACUGUCCUUUAACUACAGCCAUCAAGUCAUGGCUCGGUGCUGCAGAGAUGCAAUCACAGACAUGGAAACUUUUUCUACAAUGAACUCUUGACAAUAAGCUUCCUGUCUCACCCAGAUAUGGAGUUAUGCUUUUGGGUCAUUGAUGUUUACAAUGAAAGGGAACUACAAUACUUAUAUUAAAGCCUUCUCUUCAAAUAUAGCCGUACGAAGUUGUGAACUCAGCAGUUGUCUUCUGUUCUGCAUACAGAUCUUACUGGUUGGAUGCUACAGUGAAUCUGACAUCUGCAGACAAUUACUUUCUGUGCACUCUGAAGAGAAACUGUUGUACUCUAUUGUACCGCACAGACAGUCACAUCCUUUGUGGCCAACACUUGUUUCCACUGGGACGAUUCUGAAUAGUUCAUACUUAGGUUAAGAAGCUUCAUCUGGGGAAAGGGCAUAUAACAGAGAGUUGCCUCAACAGUGUAAGAGUUCACAUACACCAAUAAAAAAGUUUUUUAAGUCA